GCUGAGCGUAGAAUUGUUGAAACAGAAGAGAUAUUAGGCAUGAGGAUGUGGAGAGAGAGAACCUUGAUAGUGUUAGUAUUUCUACUUCACCAAAUAGACGGAGAAGAUGGUUGCCCCGUCUCUUCCUGUGGCAAAAUCAUCAACAUAUCUAUCCAUUCCGAUUGAAAGGAGACCCAAAAGUGUGCGGUCGGUAUGAGUUAUCUUGUAAAAACAAUAUAACGGUGUUAUCUCUGUUCUCUGGAACAUUUCGUGUGGAGGCUAUCAACUACAAUAAUUUCACAAUCCGAGUGGCGGAUCUUGGACUUCAACCCACAAACUGCUCCUCCCUUCCUCGCUAUUCUUUGUCUCCCACCAAUUUCACUGAUUUUUACCUAGACGACGCCUUGGAUGGCUACCACCAACAAUAUUAUUAUGAAGAGGGAUAUGUUUACGAGCAUAUAAUGUUUUUGGAUUGUAGUGAUCGAGUGAGUGGGAACCGUAAGUAUGUGGAUACUGGUGGAUGCGUGAAUUGGGAGUCCAAAGGUUACAUAUACGCUAUGGCUGUUGGUGACCUAUUAUUAGCAGAGGACAUAGAAGUUGGUUGUGAUGUAAAGCUGCUUGCUCCCACAUCUUGGUGGGGUUUGAAAACAAAUGAAUAUUCCUAUGCCACCAUCCACACAGCGCUAUUUUAUGGAUUUCAGCUUUCAUGGAUUCGUCUCGCCUGUCAUGAUCGUUGUUCAGAUUAUUAUUAUGACUGCCAUUUCCAUUCUUCCAGCAAGAAGCUUCAAUGCCAGAGUGACGGGAAACCUUCGAGGCUGCGGCAUUCUUUACAGGUGGCUAUUAAUAGUAUCAUAAAAGGAUUUUUUAUAGCAAUAUUUAGACCAAAGCAAUAUGUUGGAAUUUCUUUGUCUGACUAUGAUGACAUUGAGUAUGAACCACGAUUAGUUAAUCUGGGAAAGUGUGUUGCAUACUUCAUAGUUAGAUAUGUUGCUGGCACCAUAUUGUUUUUUGUCUUUUUGGUAUACAAAUGGAGAAGAAGACAUUCGUCAGUAUAUGAAAGUAUUGAAAAUUAUUUAGAGCAAAAUAGCUUGAUGCCUAUUCGAUACUCAUACAAGGAGAUUAAGAAGAUGGCCAAAGGUUUCAAUGAAAAGUUGGGUGAAGGAGGUUAUGGUUCUGUAUUCAAGGGAAAGUUGCGAAGUGGACCUUGUGUUGCCAUAAAAGUGUUACGAAAAUCGAAAGGUAAAGGAGAAGAUUUUAUCAAUGAAGUUGCAACAAUUGGAAGAAUACAUCAUCAAAAUGUAGUGCAUUUAAUUGGAUAUUGUGCUGAGGGCUCAAAACGUGCUUUUGUUUAUGAGUUCAUGCUCAAUGGAUCUCUUGAUAAAUUUAUAUUUUCUAAAGAAGGAAAUCUACAUUUAACCUAUGACACAAUACAUGAUAUAGCAAUUGGAGUAGCACGUGGAAUUUCAUAUCUACAUCAUGGGUGUGAGAUGCAGAUUUUGCAUUUUGACAUCAAACCCCACAACAUUCUACUUGAUGAAAAAUUCACCCCAAAGAUAUCUGAUUUUGGAUUGGCAAAACUAUAUUCAACAGAUAAAAGUGUUGUGACUAUGACAACAGCAAGAGGAACAAUUGGCUACAUGGCUCCAGAGUUGUUUUAUAAAAAUGUCGGAAGAAUAUCACAUAAGUAUGAUGUUUAUAGCUUUGGAAUGUUUUUGAUGGAAAUAGCAAGCAAGAGGAAAAACCUAAACCCCCAUGCAGAGCAUUCAAGCCAACUUUACUUUCCCUUUUGGAUUUAUGAUCAACUUGAUAAAGGGAAAGAUAUAGAAAUGGAAGAUGUCACCGAGAAUGAGAACAAAAUUGUAAAAAAGAUGAUCAUAGUUUCACUUUAGUGUAUACAAUUGAAACCAAAUGAUCGCCCUGCCAUGAAUAAAGUAGUAAAAAUGUUUGAAGGAGAUAUUACAAACCUAAAAUUACCUCCAAAGCCUUCUUUGUAUCCACAUGAAACAUUGGAAGAUGGUGAAAGAAUAUCCUCUCACCAAACAACAUUGUCUGACUUUGUUGGUUCUUCAAGUUAUCCAAUGAAGAUUGUCUCAAAUAUUCCCGUAGAUGAAAGUAUUUGAUAAUGUAUAUUAUUUAUUCGCAUCCAACUUAUUUGACUUGAACAUUUUUCCUCUGUAAUGUUUACAUUGUGUGACUUAUUUUUAUACUUCAUACUUUAAAUAUUAUGAUUUACCAAAUUUAAA